UCAUAAGAAAAGUUCUCUAAAUUCGAUCAGUUUGGUUAUUGUUUAUUUCUCCACCAAUUUUUUUCAUUACUAAAAUCAAAAGAGAGGAACAAAUGGGUUCAAAUGAUUAUUUGAAACUGAAACCUGAGAGUGCAACGUUCUUAAACCUGUUUUUAUUUACACUUUCUUUCAAUUUUGUAGACAUCAGAACAUUGGCGGAUUGUCCUGCAGGUAAAGAACGUUCUUAUCAAAGCUUUGGAGAUCGAUGGAUUAUUGUUUCCUCCAUUCUUCUCCAGAAACUCCUUCUCGCCAUAGCCAAUCACCUCCAAACCUUUAAAAUCAUUCGAGCAAAGAUUUUUGGAGUACCUCAAGAAACUUACGGAGGGAAAGUGAAAUGUGGAGACUGGAGAAUAGAAGUUGGGAAGAAUAACUUAAAAUUGGGAGACGAUAAUGGAUUCAGAUAUUAUGGUGGCCUAACCAUGAUGGCUUCCACGUUGGCUUACGAAUCUCCUUCUGUCAUUCAGACCGUAGUAAAUAACUGCUGGAAGAUGAACCUGCUAAAAUGCUAUGACUUUUGGAAUGACUUUCAAGGAAAACCAACAACACAAGCAUUUGCAUUUCAAAACACAGCAAAUGAUCCAAAUGUAAUAGUAGUGGCAUUCAGGGGCAGUUCAGAAUUAGGAGAUUGGUUAGUAGAUUUCAAUGUGUCAUGGUACAAUAUCGAAGGCAUUGGCCACAUCCACUACGGUUUCAUGCAAGCUCUCGGCCUUCAAAACGACGGUAUUGAUUGGCCAAAGGAGCUUCCUUCUCGCCCUGACAAUCAUCAAUUUGCUUACUACACCCUUCGCCAAGUCCUUAGAGACGUUGUCAAAGCAAAUGAUAAGGCAAGGUUCAUCAUCACUGGCCACAGCCUCGGCGGUGCCCUCGCCACUCUCUUCGUUACCAUUCUCGCCUUCCAUGGCGAAUCUGCAUUGCUAAAAAGGCUGCAGGCCGUUUACACCUUUGGCCAACCUAGAGCCGGUGACCGAAAUUUUGCUCAAUUCAUGAAUAAUCUUACUAAAAAUUAUGGUUUCUGUUAUUACAGAUAUGUUUACUCCUUUGACAUGGUUGCUAGAGUUCCUUUCGACUUUAAAAAUUCAUGGUACAAACACUUCGGUGAAUGCGUCUACUACAACUCAUGCUACAAAGGCAAGUUUUUGGAGGCUGAACCAAACCCCAACUACUUCUUUGAGAUAUUGUUGAUACCUCGCAAGUACUUGACUGCAUGGUGGGAGCUUUUAAGAAGUUUAGUAAUCCCACCCUUCAAGGGUGAGGGUUUCAACACUUUAAUGGUUAGACUGUUUGGGUUGCUUCUUCCUGGAGCAUCAGCUCACUUGACUCAGAACUAUAUUAACUCGACUCGUUACGGAAAAAUACAACUACCCUUAGAAAUCAAACCCUAAUUUUGUAAGACAUUAGAGGUCGUUCGACUAGCUACAACAUGGAGAAGAUGAUCAUCAACAGUAUCAAAUAUAUAAUGUAUUUGUUAUGUGUGUCCUUUAUAUUAUGUAAGUAAGAUAUGUGUGUUGUUUGUUAAUUAAUGUGUUUAUUUGGGAGUGGUUUGCUCUCAUAGUUAGUUUUAGUGAGUUCUAGGGUUUGUUGAAGUCAGGAAUUAUGAAAUAUUUCCAUUUUAGAAACGUGGGUUUGGUAGAAAUUUGGGUCUAUAAAAACUUGUGUAAACCCUAGGUCUAUGAAACCUUUGGUUUAUACCACUACGACCUAUGUGAUCGACUACUUCUAAAUAAAGUUUGCUUCUACUUCUAUA